AUGUUGGAAACAUUACUGGAACCUGAGGAGAGUCCACUUUGGUCUCGUCCUAUCCUGUUAUACUUGGAUCGUGAUUAUACCCACCGCGCGUACUCCGAUGCCAGUUAUGGGGGUUUGGGUGGUUGGAGUGCGGACUUCAGUUUCCUUUGGCGCUUGAACCGUGACACUCUUGUCGAAGCCGGUUUCGAGAUGCGUGCCAUAAAAAUCUCUUCUACCGACCCAGCAUCCAUUGAUGGCUUCUUGCAUAUCAACCCAUUGGAAUACUUGGGCGCCCUCAUCAAUCUUUGGAUAUGUAUAAAAUGUGUGAAACUUCUCGGCCCCAUCGAUGGGGGCUAUAUCUUGGCUUUAUUGAUCGACAAUACGACGGCUGUGUCGUGGAUAUCUACUGCAUCUCGAACAAAAGAUCCUCUUCUCCAGGGACUGACCCGCUUGGGUUCUGCAUUGCUCGUUGAAGCCUCGCAACUACUAAUGAAAGUUUGUCCUAAACAUCAUCCUGGAAACCAGAACGGAGCAGCGGACGCACUCAGUCGACCACAGCUUCAAGGAAAAGACCACAAGAAUUCGUUGGCCUUCGUUAUCGCGGAAUGGUCCCAACUACAGACAUGUUGCAUUUGCCUUCUGCCUUUCAAAUUGCUGUCCAAGAUUGCAUCAACGCUGAAAGAACCACCGACAGGGGAUCAGUACGGGCGCGUAACGACAGAUCUUUUGACUCUCAAGCCCAAUUUUUUGCCGGUUGGUGCAUCAGAAAUGAACUUUCCGAGCACAAUUUACAGAAGUUAG